AUGAAUCGGAUCCACCCGACUACUUGCAUUCAAUCCUUUGAGGCACAAAAAGCAAGUCGGACGAAAAUACCGAAUGGUAUUCAUGUGAUGGAUCUACUAACCGCCAUGCACCCAUCACCCCAGGGGGUCUCUCCAAGAUUGGCCGAGUGGAAUUGCAUCUACAUCCCUUUGGCACACCGUCUCACACACUCCCGCCUCCAAUCCCACGUCAGCUUUAACGAUAUUCUCCUGGAACUAAGAUGCGCCCAAGGACAUAAGCUAUGCGAUUUUGGAAACACCAAAAGUACUGCAUGGCAUGAAGAUGACAUGUCAUCCAUGCAUUCUUCAAUAAGCAGUGCGCGAAUUGGUGAGCACGGCAACUCGAAGAUUUGUAACGCCGUUACCUGUCGGCGCACUUAUCAACCUGUUCACAGUGGUAAAAACUCAUCCCCAGGCUCCCUCGAACAUCCUAGUCGCUUCCGUCGCAAGCCCUGUUCACCUCCCUCGGUGUUGCAGGCCAUCUAA